CCCUUUCCCCGAGAAGGGAAAGUGGUGACGACGUGAAAAGAUGGAGAUCGCCGGCGGAGGGCGUGGCUAGAAACGGUCGCGCGCAGGGGGAGAGUGGGUGGGAAAUCCGGGCGACGGGAACGCGCAAGGUCGCAAUUUAGCGGUGGGGACGCGCGACAGGUCCCAGAAGAGAUCCGGAGGGGGGGUUGCGCAGACAGGUGGGGGAGCAGGGUGCAUCGCCUUUUCCUUCCCCCGGGAAACCGGAGCCGGAAGACUGAAAUUCACCAAGCAAGACAAUCAAUCUGAAAUUCAGAAGGCUUUUCAUCAAUGACAUGAAACCUUGAAAAGUGAAGACUGGAUUAAUAAGAAGAUGGGGGCAGCAAGCAGCAGCAUCCGUGACCUUCCAGAAAAUGAAUAUUUAAAGAAACUGUCAGGACGAGAGGCCAUCUCUGAGAAUGACCCGUUUUGGAAUCAGUUGCUUUCUUUUAGCUUUACUAUUCCAACAAACAGUGCUGAGUUAAAACUUUUGGAUGAAGCUUCUGUGUCCAUCUGCAAGUCUUUAGUGGAGAAUAAUCCUCGGACAGGAAACCUUGCCUCACUGAUUAAAGUCUUCCUUUCCAGAACCAAAGAAUUAAAAAUUUCAGCAGAAUGUCAGAACCACCUCUUUAUCUGGCAGGCUCAGAACGCUCUGUUCAUUAUUUGCUGCCUGCUGAAAGUUUUACUCUGUCAGAUGUCAGAAGAGGAACUGCAGCUUCAUUUCACCUAUGAGGAGAAAAACCCAGGCUCUUACGGAUCUGAAUAUGAAGAUCUUAUGGAAGAAUUACUCUGCUGCCUCAUUCAGCUGAUUGUUGAGAUUCCUCUUUUAGAUAUUACAUACAGCAUUUCGCUGGAAGCUGUGACAACACUGGUCGUUUUUCUCUCCUGUCAGCUUUUCCACAAGGAAAUUCUGCGGAAGAGCCUCAUUCAUAAGUAUCUCAUGCAUGGUCGAUGUCUCUCUUACACCAGCCGACUAGUGAAAACUUUGUUGUAUAACUUCAUCCGUCAAGAGCGAAGCCCUCCUCCAAGUUCCCAUGUCUUCCAGCCUGAGUCCGAAGGAGGUGGACUACUGUAUGGAAUUGCAUCAGGAGUAGCAACUGGCCUGUGGACGGUCUUUACGCUAGGAGGAGUAGGAAGCAAGAGAGCUUCUCAGCAGGAAGAGUCAUCACCUCUUGCUAAUCAAAGUCUGUUGUUGCUGCUCGUCUUAGUAAAUCUGACCGAUGCUGCAGAUACACCCAACCCUUAUAAACAAUCUGUUGUGUCCUUCAAGAACACACAAGAUAGCACAGCUUUGUCUUCACCAACUCCUCAUGCUUUCCAGAUCAAUUUUAAUAGUUUGUACACCACAUUAUGUGAGCAGCAGAAUUCUGACCAUGCCACGCUCCUCUUGUAUACCCUUUUGCACCAGAACAGCAAUGUUCGAACAUAUAUGUUGUCCCGGACAGAUAUGGAAAACCUGGUUUUGCCAAUUCUUGAGAUUCUUUAUCAUGUUGAAGAAAGGAAUUCACAUCACGUUUAUAUGGCACUGAUAAUUUUGUUAAUCCUUACUGAAGAUGAUGGCUUCAAUCAAUCCAUUCAUGAAGUGAUAUUGAAAAAUAUUACUUGGUACUCAGAACGGGUGCUAACAGAAAUUUCACUGGGGAGUCUUCUGAUUCUUGUCGUAAUAAGGACCAUUCAGUACAAUAUGACAAGGACGAGGGACAAAUACCUUCAUACAAAUUGCCUGGCAGCUCUAGCCAACAUGUCCGCACAGUUCCGCUCCCUUCAUCAGUAUGCCGCGCAGAGAAUCAUCAGGUAAAUGCAAGUCUUGUACAGAAUAAUUCCACUAAGUUUUGUUUUCAGUACUGCAGGAAAGAGACUCCAAUCCCUAAAUUUAAAUAUUGACCCUG